AUGCUCAGGGACAUCUUCAUGCUCUCCGUCGCGGCGGCGGUAGCCUCGGCGCUGCCUCGCGGGAUCACGGUGAUACCGGGCGGCACCGCGGACACCGUCACCCCAUUGACAACGCUCUCGUCCGCGGAUGCUGCCGCCGUGGCCGCAAGGCAAGCCCCAGCACCGGCCCCGGCCGCGCCCAUGCCGCUGAGGAUAAUGCCCCUCGGCGCGUCAGUCACUUUCGGCACGGGUUCGUCGACGGGGGACAGCUACCGCAAGGACCUGCGCGACCAGCUCGUCGCCGCGGGCCAGGCGGUCAACUUCGUGGGCGAGUUCCAGAACGGCAACUUCACCAACAGGCAGGUGGAGGCGACGCCCGGUUUCGUCAUCAACCAGAUCGCCAACUCGUCCAACGCGACCGUGCCCAGGUUCCUGCCGAACCUGGUCCUCCUCGACGCGGGGACGAACAACUGCAACGCCGGGGGCACCGUCCCCGACGCGGCCGCCAACGUCUCGUCCCUGAUCAGCAGCAUCUACGCCCAGAGCCCCGGGUCGACGGUCAUACUGGCCUCGGUCCUCGUGAACAAGGUCCCGGCGCAGGAGGCCUGCCGCGUCGACGUGAACCGCCAGUACAGCGCGCUCGCUGCCCAGCUGACCGGCCAGGGGGCCAAGUUCGUGUUUGUGGACAUGAGGAGCCCCGAGGGGCCGACCACCAACGACCUGGCCGACACGAGGCAUCCGAAUGAUGUCGGGUACCAGAAGAUGGCUAAUAUCUGGAUGCAGGGAAUCCAGCAGGCGCUCGCGAAGGGUUUCAUCACGGCGGCGGCGGAGAACGGAAUUGCUGCUGACGGUGGUGCUUGA